AUGGAUCCUCAGAGUGUGUCGUGUACAGAUCAGCCAAGGUCCACUAUGCAAACACUAGAGCAACUUGAUUGUUGUGUGGCAAUUCGCGUAGCUCAGGUUGUCAAGGAAGUUUGCAUACACCAACAAGGUGGGCUUGCAAACGCUGAUCUUGUGUCUCGAACGGCAUGUUGGGCGAUCACCUUUAUCACGGAUGAUCCUUUUUAUCGUGAAUAUUACUAUUGGCUUACCAUCCAUCAGCUAUCUACGUAUUACACGCAUUCGCAUCAUUUGCCUCGAGGUUCCUCGGCAACAGCAACAUCGAUGCCAACACCACCACCAACGCCGGGACCACAAGAGGCACCAUGUUCUCCGCUCACAACCAGCGAUGUAUCCAGUGAUGGAGGAGGCAUACCAAGGAUGGCGUGCCAUCAUUGCCAACGUACCUUCUCACGAAAGGACGCAUUAAAGCGUCAUCUCAAGCGAACUUGCACUUACAACAAAAAAGGUUACACUUCACAACACGUCUUUUCUGCAUUCGAGUAG